CUUCAACUCGCUUCCGUCUUUCUCCCUUUCGUUUACAGCACGUGUCGGUGAUUUUAGUGCUGUGUUAGUUAAAAGCUAUAACAAUGGCACCUAAACGUAAUAAUAUGAUUCCGAAUGGCCAUUUCCACAAGGAUUGGCAACGAUUUGUUAAAACUUGGUUCAAUCAACCAGCUCGUAAGAUUAGACGAAGAACGAAUCGUAUAAAUAAGGCUCGUGCCAUUGCACCCAGACCUGCUGCUGGACCUCUAAGGCCUGUGGUAAGAUGCCCAUCUGUCAGAUACCACACUAAAGUACGCGCAGGACGUGGAUUUACUCUCCAAGAAUUGAAAGCAGCUGGACUUAACCCCAGAUUUGCUAGGACUAUAGGUAUUUCUGUCGACCACAGACGUAGAAAUAAAUCAGUGGAAUCGAUCCAAUUAAACGCCCAACGUCUUAAAGAAUACAAAUCUAAAUUGAUUUUGUUCCCCAUUCACAACAAGAAGAAACUCCGUGCUGGAGAAGCGACCGAAGAAGAACGUAAAGUAGCUUCACAAUUACAGGGUGAAGUACUUCCAAUCAGACAACCGGGUAUUAAGACUAAAGCUAGAGUACCGUCUGAAGAAGAAAAGAAAUUCGAAGCCUACGUGACUUUGAGAAAGGCACGUGCUGAUGCUCGUCUCGUUGGUAUUCGUGCUAAGAGGAUCAAGGACGCCGCGGAGAAUCCUGACGAUGUGACUAAAGCCGCGCCGGGGAAAGAAAAGAAAUCCAAAAAGUGAAAUGAGAGUGUAAUUUUUAUAUAAGGUAAUAAAAGGAUUUGUUUUCGACUGAA